UGUAGCCAAUGGUUUUACUGGAAAAAAUUCCAGAAAACCAGAAACCUCCAUCGUUUGCAAAAAUGGUGAGAGGUGUUGAAGCCCAAAUUCUCUCACCAACCCCUUUAUAAGCUAUCCCCCCAUCAACCCUUCUUCCACAAGAGCACAACUCUCCAUUCAACCUCUCUCUCUCUCUCUCUCUCUCUCUCUCUUUAUUAUCCAGUCAUGGAAGGUAGUACAAGAAGACUCACUUUUAUUGAAGAAGAAGAUGGUCUUGCUUCUCUUGCGGAUAUGGAAGCCGGGUUCUCAGGGAAUCGUCAUUUCCCGCUUCUAAUGAAAUCGUCUGGCUUCAGUGCUUCGAUGAGAAGAAGGGGUAGCUACAAGGCUCUCUCUUCUCCGAGAUUCUAUGAAAGUAGUAGAUUCGAAGAGCAUCAUCAGCAGCCUCAUUUCCUUGAAUCUUGUAACCUCUGCAACAAGCCUCUCCGUGAUAAUAGAGACAUCUUCAUGUACAGAGGGGACACUCCAUUCUGUAGCGAAGAGUGCAGGCAAGAGCAGAUAGAGAUGGAUGAAGCUAAGGAGACGAACUGGAAUCUCUCUUCUGGUUCAGUGAAGGCACUUAGGAAGGAGCAGAAGAAGAAAACUUCUUCUACUUCAGGCAAAACCCAAAAUUAUUCUGUACGGACGGGCACCGUCGCUGCUGCUUGAAAUUACAGAAACGAAAUCUAAACAGGAUAGUUUUGGCAAAUUGGGAAAUGGUAACGAGAUUGAUGUUUGGGAAUGUUAUUGGGUCCUGAUUAAUCCUCCCAAACUUCGGAAUUCAAAGCUCAAAACCAGUUGAGUGUGAUGUUUUGGAUCACUAGGAAUGACCUAGCCUUCAAUAGAAGAGCAUGGACCCCAUCGAGGUUUUCUCUCUCAAUCAGUUUGGCCCGAGUUCAUGAUAGUGCAUUAUCCUCAUCGGCAGUCUCAUGAUCAUAAUUGGAACCCUCUCCCUUUGGGUUGUAAAAAGUUGAACUGCGAUGAAGGAGCCCCUCUUCCUGCUUUGUUUGAUCUCUCAUCAUUCUCAGAUGUGCUCUACGGCAAAGCUAUGGCUCUCCUUCUGGUUCUAGCUGGGUGAUAUUUCCCCUCCCCCUCACCUUAUCUUGGGGUCUGAUAACCUUACUGUGAUAUCCCAACUGUGUAAUCCUGACCUGGCUUCCCCCACUGCCAUCUCAGGUAUCUUGAAGGAUAUUUGGUUUUGUAAUCAGAAUGCUUUGUUCUUGCCUGCCUUCGCAAUAGAAUGGCUUUUAGCCAAAAAAAGCAAAAAGUUAAAUAA